UUUAAAUAUACAAAAUGUUAAUAUAAAAAAUCAAGGAUACUUUAACUUGAGAGUCGAGACGAGAAUAUUGUGGAAAUCACACCGUACCGAAUUUGAUUAAAACCCCCCACCCCUCUCCUCCCCGGGAAAAUUUUCGCCGGUGGCGAACUCAAGAGACUCGAAAGUGCUGCCGAGACACUCCUCGGCGAGAGCAGAGCGCCGUUUUGGACAUGGCCGACGAAGCAGCGGCGGACUCGCUGCUCGACGUCGAGCGGCAGGAGGCGGCGCUGGCCUCCGACGGCGACGCGGAUUUGCAGGCUUUCCGCGAGGCGGUCCAUUCGUUGCCUUCCGACGCCGUGAAGGACCUGAUGUCGGCAUGGGUAUGUAGCCGUUGCAUCUUUCGGCUCUUUGGACUCACAGAACCAUGCUCUUGUCCUUGUCUUUCGCCCUCCGUCUUCACUGAACGCCUAAUGCCGGAAAAUUUAGUUGGAAGUCUGAUAGAUGGUGGGAGUUCAGAAAGUGAACACUCGACCAGUCUACCUGAGCCGGUUGUAUGCAGCGUUUGUUUAGGUAUCUUGCAAUUUUAUCACAACAAUGAUGUCCAACUGUUGGUGUCAAAGGAUGGUAUGAAUGAUCUGGCUGCUUCAAUUGCUGAGCUGGUCAAGCAAGAAGGUCACCAAACUGAUAGUUUCUCUCUUGAAGUCUCGAUACCAUCAAUUACAUUGGAUAAUGAACGCGUUAUUAUGUCAUAUAUGAGCAGAAAAUACGGAUCUCAACUUUAUUCUCAGGAAAGAUCAUUUUCUGAAUGCAUCUGUUUGAAGAAUGCCUUGAAGUCCUUGAUCAAAGCUCCUCUUGAAACGUUGUUGGGCGUUAAGUAUGGCCAAGGCCCUCUUCACAUCCGUCUGACGUACUCUGAAUCAUCAAAAACAAUUGAGAAAUCAGUUGAGCACAAGUUUGGUGCAACUUCAAAGAGAAGGAAGAAAGGCAAUGAGAAUGGCUUAGAGACAGUUGAUGGAUUAAUGAAUUCCGGCAUUGGAUGUAUUGCUACAGGAGUAGGGCAUUCAGUAGUCACUGACACACCCGUGAAUGGUCUUCAGCACCAUCAGAGUUCUGAUUUCUCUAAAUUGUUGCUAGAGAAGGUAAGGAGACCCUGCAGCCUCUCAUUUCAUUGCAACAGGGACCCUAUCUACUUUGGUGGCAGGUAUUUAAAGUAUUCAAGAAAUGUCAGUCAAACUUGUUGGAUGAUCGAUGAAGAUAGAAUGGGGGAGGCAUCCGUUGAGGAAAUUAUUAGCAGCUGUAUUCUUCUCAUGUGCAGAGGUGACAAGUACAAGUUUCAUGCUGCUGGCAGAGAGGAUAUGGAUGUUCGUAUGUUGGGUUCUGGUCGACCUUUCUUGGUUGAGAUACAAAAUCCGCGACAUGUCCCAUCGGAUGUCUUGGUAAAGGAUAUAGAACACAAAAUUAAUAGCUCAAGGGAGAAACUGGUUAGAGUAAAAAAUCUCAAGUUGGUUGGAAGUCAGGGGUGGACAUUGAUGCGUGAAGGAGAAGCAGAAAAGCAGAAGCAGUAUGCUGCAUUGGUGUGGAUUUCCCGGCCUCUUGAGGAUCCUGAUUUGCUGUCUAUAUCUUCAGUCAGAGAUAUGUGUAUUCUGCAAAGGACCCCAAUAAGGGUGCUUCACCGUCGGAGUCCAUUAGAUCGUGAAAAAAUAAUACACUGGAUGAAGAUCGAAAGGAUUGGGGGAACUUCACAGUACUUCAUUUUGCAUUUGUGUACACAGGCGGGCACAUACAUAAAGGAGUUUGUUCAUGGGGAUCUGGGCCGUACACAUCCGAGCGUUGGAUCAAUGCUAGGUUGCCGGGCUGAGAUACUGCAGCUUGAUGUUACGGAUGUCAAAAUGGACGUCUUUUGACUAAAACCCUUCGUAGAAAAACGAAUCAUUGGAUGGUUUCUCGAGUACUGAGAGGAGGGAGGACGGACAAGGUUUCCUUUUCUCCUUUGUUUUAAUGUACUUUUGGAUAUACUAUGUUCAUUUCCUCUGCAAGAAAAGUGCGUGAUCUCCUGGUCUGAUGGAACCA